AUGAUCAGAGUCGCUGAGCUUGGGCACUUUCUGAACGCAAUCAGCGUACUCCAGGCGUUCGCGGCAAUCUUCGUCGGAGCCCUCACCUAUCGCCUGAUUGACGCCUAUUUCUUCUCUCCCCUCUGUUCCAUUCCUGGCCCCCUUCUGGCCCGACUAACCACCAAACGCGCCAAUGUCGACACCUUCUCCGGGAAAGUGACCCAGACCGUCGACAAGGACGUCGCCAGGUACGGUGAUGUUUAUGUCUACAAACCCCGUGCUGUCUGUAUCAAUCACCCAGACGACAUCCGCGCCGUGCUAGGGUCCCAGGAGUUUCGCAAGGCCGCCUUCUUUGACAUCUUCAACGACGGCAACACACCCAAUAUCGUCUCGCUCAGGGAGCCAGAGCUGGCCAGCCGUCGCCGGCGGCAGCUAGGUCCCUUCUUCAACUACGCUUAUCUGGGCCGCGCAGAGCCUCUAAUCCUCCAGCAUGGAUACCAGGCCAUCCGCACGAAAUGGGAUGCUUUAAUAGCAGCGAAUGGCGGGCGCCAAACCGAGGUCAACUACCGCACCGACACCCAGCUCGUGACGUUCGACAUCAUGAGUGCACUGGCGUUCGGACGCAACUUAAACGCCAUCUCCCGCGGUAGCUCGUCAAUCAUGAAAUGGGCCGGGCUGAUCAUGGACAUGUUGGAGUCGCCCGUCGUCCUGGCCCUGCUGUCGCUGCUGCCGUUCUCGCUUAUCAUGCGGCCGUGGAAGAUCAUGUAUCGCGAGCUGGCGGCGUUCAGCAGCGACGCUGUCGACAUGCGCAGGCAGUUGCUGGCUGACGACUCCACGGAGAAGCCCUCGGACAUGCUGCAGGCGUUUCUCGACGCGGAGGACCCCGAGUCUAAAGUCAAGAUGAGCCCGCAUGAGGUGCAGGCCGAGAGUAUCAUGAUGAUGCUGGCGGGGAGCGAGACCACCUCAUCCGCCAUCAUGUGGACGUUUCACCUGCUGCUGCUCUACCCAGAGACUCUCCGGCGCGCCGCCCACGAGGUCCGCAGCACCUUCCCCUUGAGCCACUUGGUGACAUACAAGGACGUGCGCAGCAGCUUGCCGUAUGUCGAAGCCUGCGUGUACGAGGCUCUUCGGCACUCGCCUACCACGGCCGGACUGACUCCGCGCAUUUCCCAUUCUACUGGCAUCACCCUGCAGGGACAUUACAUUCCGCCCGGGACAGAGAUCUACGUCAAUCUGCGCUCGCCGAGUAUGCAUCCUAGUCUCUGGGACGACCCAUCGCGGUUCAACCCGGACCGAUUCCUCCAUAACGAGACCAACAAGCGGUUGCUCUUCACCUUUUCCUAUGGUCUGCGGAACUGCCUUGGACGGAACCUCGCCUGGGUGGAAAUGCUCACCAUCGUCGCCAACGUCCUCAAGGACUACGACAUUGCGCUGACGGAAGAUAGCCAAUUUGGGCCGCAUUGCACAGAUGAGAAUGGGCUGCCGAUUCUCAUGCCCGCCAAGUGCUUCAUUGCGUCCUUCCCGGCCAAGCCGGAGAGGGACUGUCGGAUGGUGAUUACCAGGAGGGCCGAGUGA